AUGGCUUGUGUUGCAUUAACUUCUUUGAUGCGAACACUAGAGCUUGAGUUCCUCCAACCCAAUCCCCGUCUCAUUCUAUAUGACAAACAACUUAUCCACUCUCUUGGCGAAAAGCUUGCCUCUUUGCAAACCUUGCUUGACCAAUCUGAGAAGAAAGCCCACAAUUUUGAGGAGCUGAUUGCAAAAAUUGGAGGAGUAACUUUGGAAGCAGAAUCUGACAUUGAAGCAGAGCUAGUAGUGGAUGAUGGUCCAAUGAUGACACAAUUUAGACUAGCUCUCGAAGCAGAAUCUGACAUUGAAGCAGAGCUAGUAGAGAUUCGUCAUCAGAUGCUGGAUGUAACCUUGAGGCGCCUACUUAAAGAUGUUGAACGUCUGAUCCUGAUGAUUAAGGCACGAACAGCAAAAGGUUUGCCAACUCAACAUCCAGAGGAGAGUUCAUCAUCCUCCCAACAUGCUUCAAAAUCUGAAGACGUGACCAUGGUAGGGCAAACCGAAGAAUUCAAGGAGUUGAAGAAAAAGCUUGUAUCCUCGAAUAAACCAUUGCAAGUUAUGUCCCUUGUCGGUAUUGGCAAGACGACAUUUGCAAGAAAACUUGCUAAUGAUUCUGCAGUCAAGCUUCGCUUCAAGAACCGUUGUGGUUGGGCAACCAUGUCUCAAGAGCAUAAUAAGAGGCUAGUGCUCCUUCAACUGUGUCGUUCCGUCAUGCCAAUGCGCGAUGACAUUAGCACUAUGAACGAUGGGGAGCUAGCAGACCUACUGCGCAAAAGUUUACUGGGCCACAGAUAUCUAAUUAUUGUGGACGACAUAUGGACUAAAGGCGCAUGGGAUGAUGUGAAGGGAUGCUUUCCAAGUGAGGUUGAAAACACUGGCAGUCAAAUACUGUUGACUACUCGACUCGAAGAGGUAUCUAAAUAUGCUUGUUCUGAUAAUUUACAUGACAUGCGCUUUUUAAAUUUUGUUGAAAGUUGGACUCUAUUUUGUCAAAAGUUUUUGGGUAGAGAAAGUUUGAACAAAGAAUUUGAAAGGAUAGGGAGGAAAAUUGUUGAGAAUUGUAGAGGAUUACCACUUACAGUUGUGGUGGUAGCAGGACAUCUAUCCGCCAAUAGGGCAGUACAUGAGUGGGAGAGUGUUGAAUCAACCUUAAACUCAUUGGUGAAUAAAAAGCAGUCUGAACAAAUUUCCAGAAUACUCAGUCUGAGUUACAAUAACUUACCUUGCCAUUUGAAGAGUUGUUUUCUAUAUUUAGGAGCUUAUCCUGAAGAUAGUGAGAUUGGAAUUAAAAAGUUGAUUAGGUUAUGGAUUGCCGAGGGAUUCAUAAAAGAAAAAAAUGAGAGUGAAGAGACGUUAGAAGAAUCAGGUGAAGGUUAUUUGAAGGAGCUUAUGAAUAGAAGCCUGAUUAUGGUAAGUGAGCGAAGCAGUAAUGGAAAAGUUGAAACAUGUAAGAUGCAUGACCUAUUGCAUGAGCUGUGUGCAAGCAAGGCUAAAACAGAGAAACUUCUGUGCAGCAGUAAAUAUGGUUACUCUAUUGAAUCAGAUGAAAAUCGUUGGUUAAGUCUUAAAAUAGCAUCUCAGGAUUCUCUUCACUUACCUGCUUUGAAAAAAUCCCGUUCCAUUUUAUGCUUUGAUAUGCGUAAAUGGAAUGAUCCUCAAUGGGAUGUUUCUGAUUGGGAUUUAAAUUCUCUAACCAAAAUUGCUCAGAUGACAGCCUACUCUUUUAAGAUGUUAAGAGUGCUGGACUUAACUUUAGUUGACUACAAUGGAAGUAUACCUUCAGAUAUUAUAGAAGUAGUUCUUCUCAGAUAUCUAGCUUUAGCCUCAAACCGGCUGCUCACUUCCAUACCAGUGAGCAGGAAUCGGAAUCUGCAAACACUUGUUAUUCGUGAGGAUAUCAAUGGUAAGUGGCUCAAGUAA